GAAAUUUCAAACCUCAUAUAAUCAAUCUCCACACCGCUUUCCUCGAAGUCAGCCAAACCUUUGGCAAAUAAAUAAUGGGACAGACUACACAGAAUUUUAUCAGGAACCUUCACCUUACAAUCAAGAAAAAAGAUGUUGGACAUUGGAUAUGUGGUGCGCUUGUUAAUCAGCACGUUACAAAAAGGUGUGCAAACGUAAAAACAUAUAUGGGUGGAACGAACAUAAAGACAAGAUAUUGGCAUCUAGCAUGCUAUACUAAUUGAUGCGUUUUAUCUUCUUUGAAGCAAGGAUGUCUAUUAUCUUUUUUGUGUUGUAUGCAUAAGGGUUUAAUAAUUCAGCACAGCGAGUCUUGAUUUCGCUCAGCGCUUACCGCCUGCACACUUAUUUCACAAAUACGGUUCGUGUAUACAGAAGGAUGACAGACGAACCGUUGAUAAUUAAGGGAGUAACUGCUAUUCCAGUGAGUUUCAAAAUGGGUCUGACUCACUUCAUGUAUGCAAAGAAAUUAAGGAAAAAUGGCAUCUUAAUAUAUAAUGUUCACCCUUUAAUGGAUGCGAGAUCAUUGUUUGAAUUCUUCAAGUCAUUCGGUGAAAUAACUAGUUUGCGUUAUUCUCCGCCUGAAGCUCAAGCUGUUUUCGAAUUUGACACAGUAGAGUGUGUCAAUAAAAUUUUGUCAACACCAUUGACUAAAACAUACGAGUUCAAACUGACAGACGUUCAUAUUCCUGAUCGUUAUUCAAAUCAAAAUCCAGAAUGGGUAAAAGAUUAUCAGAAAUCGAAGAGUGAUUCAGAGACUAUUCUGCAAGAUUAUUUCAGGAAACGUAUUGAAUCCAGUAAGAAACCUGAUGAUGAUGGUUGGAUUACUGUGACUAAAGGAAUACGACCAUGAUUCAGAUCUUGUUUAUAUUUUCAACGUUGUACAUAUUUUCAAGGUGACUUUUGUGCUGUAUAUAUUUUGGAAUAAAAUAUAUAUAUUCAUCUAUA